UGCCAAUCAAAUCCAAACUUCACCAACAACAACUCAACACAGAGGUCGGUCUUGUGAAGAGCAUUCGUGAAUUCUGGAAUAUUGUUGCUUGUUAAAAGUUUAGGUGAUGCAAAGACAUUCGGCACUGUUCAGGAAUGUGACUGUGUUUCAUUGACAAUUGUUUCGAACAAUGUCAAUUUAACGCAUUGAUAUUGCCCUUGGUGGCUAGCAUUAGCCAGCUAGCUAGCGUCUUUACGUCUGAGAGACUGGAGCGUGCUGCUGGUGAAGAGAAAGGGCAUCCUGGCUGACAACAAUCGGACUGUCUCGGGACUUCAAUUUUAAUUUGUUGCAACUAUGAAGUUAACGCAGUUUUUGCUAAAGAACAGCUCCAUACCGAAACAAGCACUAGUGGAUAGGUUUUCCAAGUUCUCGCCUUCGCCGCUGUCAAUGAAACAAUUCAUAGACUUUGGCUCAGCCAAUGCCUGUGAGAAGACGUCCUUUGUGUUCCUGCGUCAGGAGCUUCCUGUCCGGCUGGCCAACAUCAUGAAGGAGAUCGACUUCCUCCCUGACAAGCUUCUCAGCACCCCCUCACUACAGCUGCUACAGAGCUGGUAUGCAACAAGUCUGAUGGAGCUUGUGGGCUUCCUGGAGAAAGAUCCUGAUAAUAAAACGAUCCUAAAGAAGUUCACUGAGACGCUGGUGAACGUCAGGAACCGUCACAACAACGUGGUCCCCACCAUGGCCCAGGGCGUAGUGGAGUACAAGGAGGCUUUUGGCUCUGACCCCGUGACCAAUCAGAACGUCCAAUACUUUCUGGAUCGCUUCUACAUGAGCCGCAUCUCCACCCGCAUGCUCAUGAACCAGCACUCUCUCAUCUUUGAUGGAAGUGCCAACCCUGCCCAUCCCAAGCACAUUGGCACCAUCGACCCCGACUGUGACGUGACAGAGGUGGUAAAAGAUGCCUUCGAUAGUUCCAAGAUGCUCUGUGAGCAGUACUACCUGACCUCGCCAGAGAUUGACAUCACACAAGUCAACGCCAAAGGUCCUGACCAGCCUCUUCGUAUUGUCUAUGUGCCUUCCCAUCUCUACCACAUGCUGUUUGAGCUCUUCAAGAACGCCAUGAGAGCAACAGUGGAGACUCAUGAAAUGGCCCUGCAUCUCCCGCCGGUCAAAGUUCGAGUCUCACUGGGCAGUGAAGACCUGACAAUCAAGAUAUCAGAUCGAGGUGGAGGAGUUCCCCUGAGGAAGAUAGAGCGUUUGUUCAGCUACAUGUACUCCACCGCCCCCAGCCCCGUCGAUAUUGACAACUCACGCAACGCUCCACUGGCUGGUUUCGGCUACGGUCUUCCCAUCUCCCGUCUCUAUGCCAAGUACUUCCAGGGAGACCUGCAGCUCUACUCCAUGGAGGGAUAUGGGACGUCAGCUGUCAUCUACCUGAAGGCCUUGUCCUCAGAUUCUGUGGAAAGACUUCCUGUUUACAACCAGUCAGCCAUAAGGCAUUACCAGACGAGCAACGAGGCGGAUGACUGGUGCAUGCCCAGCAAGGAUCCCAAGAAGCUGGGGAAGUAUGAGAGGAGAAGUCAAUAGGGGUGUAACGGUACAGGUGUUCGUACCGAACCGUUCGGUAGGGGGCCUCGUUUAAGUCUGCACUCAACUAGAAUGAAUACAUUUAAUAAAAUAUAUACAAAAUAAAAGGCCUAUAGGCUAUGCCUACGCUGCGUUGUAGGCCAGUGCCUCGAGUAAAUUUGAGCUGAAUUUUUGUUUUUUUAGGGCUAUUCUGUUAAAACAACUAGAGCCUAUAUGCACAUUGUAAUCUAAAUUCAAAUCUUAAUUGGCACAUUUCAAACUGUCCUUGUGUGAGGCGCAUCCAGGAACUAGUUUUGUACGAUGGCGAGUGGUGGGGUAGAUAAACCAGGAGGAUCCUCCGUCGUUUAAAUCUCCAGUUUGGAAUGUUUUGGCUUCCCAGUAAAUCACAUUGGUGAUGGACAGAGAGUUGUGGAUAAGACGUUAACAGUAUGUCGCCACAAUUCAACGAGAAUAGGCUAUCCAGCUGCCAACACCUCAAAUAUGUUGACACGUUUAUGUCGACGUCACAAGAUGGAAACGGAAAGAAACAACCCAAAAUCACCUCCCCUCUGCAUUCAAGCAGCCGUUGGGAACUGGUUCUGACUGGCCACAAAUGACACGAGCAAUCGGUAGGCUGUGUUUAUAUUUUUUACAGUCUUUGGUUUAAAGCCACGCCCGUUCUCAGUGGUUGAGAAUAGGGAAUUCCAGCACCUUGUAAAAAUGCUCGAUCCACGUUGUGAACUUCCCUCUUGCACCCAUGUCAGGUUAUACCCGCUCUAUAUAAGCAAGCCACAGUUUUCUAGGAAUUGGCCAAUGCACCCUGUGUUGCGAUUACUUAAAAGUGACAGCCCAUCACCUUACCCCGGAGUGGGAGUGUAUGACUUCACAACUGGUAAAUUCCCACCUCCCACAUGGUUACAAAUGCAGCAUCAGUGUGAAAACGUAAUUUUCCUGCUGUACCGAAACCAAACCGUGACCCCAAAACGGCAAUACAUACCGAACCGUGGAUUUGGUGAACCGUUACACCCCUAGAAGUUAACCAAACAGACUGAGCUAGCAGGAAGAACAAAGGAGGAAGACCGAAAGGAGGAUCAAACUGACAGAAGGCACACAGUUGUACCCACAGCUAUUACCGUGUGUGAGAGAGAUGUGGAUUCCUCUCGCAAUGGAUAUUCUCAUACAUUCACUUGAAGUGGAAAAACACAUUACUGUCGGAGGCGUUUCAAUGGCAAUACCAGGAUCUCAAUUCAAUAAGUGACUUCAUGAAUGUUAGUUAGAAACAGGGUCGUACAAUACUCACAAUCAUAUUUUCUUCUGGUUAUAAUUUAACCACAGGUUUCAGUUAUUUAUUCCGCUCACUUAUUUGAACGUUAUUACACAGUGUAAGCUAGUGUUUUUCGCUUAUUAUUAAAAAGGGUGAAUGUUUAACGAUUAUUUAAUUUAUCAAUCGACUGAAUUAGGUUAGUACAGCUAAUGUCACAGCACUAUAAUCUGUGAUACUCCAUUUUUUAAAUGUGAAUUUAGUUCUUAACUCUUCACUCACAGCUACGGUUUGCAGCUUGGACACUGAGCUCUAUGGACACAGACACAUAGUGUGUCAGUCAGAAACAUGAUAAGGCCAUGCUGUCAGUCAAUGGAUUUUCUUUGAUUACCCUUCUACUACAGAUUGUUCUGUAGAUGGGGUGGGGGUUGUGGGGUGCAUAGCGGCCUCCGACUCAAGACUGUUUAUUUUCAGCUCUGAGCAUGUCACUUUUUUUUUACCCCUCACAAAUAUUUGUCCACCUCGAACUUUAGACAAAGUUUAUCUACAAAAGGGAUUUUAUUUGGGAAUUUAUUUAUCCUAAAGGGAUUUUCUUUGGGUUCCCCCCCAUCAACUGUUUUUCUUGGUGCCAUUUUGAGUUACACCCUGGCUUGUUUAAUAAGAUGAGAUGAAAUCCAAGGUCCAUUCAAGGUUUCCUAUUAAGAAAGUAAAUAUUGAAGAGAUUGAAGUAUUCUAGUGUACUCAUUGAGUCCAACUGACUUUUAAAAUAUAAGUUAUGUGAAUAUUGAGAGAAAUGUUAGAAACAUCAAAUUUAACUCAAUUUUGUAGAUUUACUAAAAUGAUUUAAUUUUAAGAGGCCGGCUAGGUCUUCCAUGCAUGAAGUAUUUAUUGAAUAAUGUGUGUCAUAGAGCAAAAUGGGAGUAUUAUCUCAUUUCUGUGAUUAGGGAUACAGUAAGACUGAGUUGAAUCAAAUGUUUGUCAUUAAAUUAAUGAAUUUCAUUCCCUGGUAUUCUCUAAGAAAAACUUGCAUAAGACAAUAUGUACACUUGCUUACAUUUAACCCAAUAACGGCUAUGUACAGUGCCUUCAGACAGUACUCACACCCCUUGACUUUUUCCACAUUUGAUACGCUACAAAGUGGGUUUCAAAUGCAUUUAACUGUCAAUGAUCACAAAAUACUCUCAAAGUAAAAUAAUAAAAAUAUAUUUUUAUUAGAUAAGUAUUCAACCCUGAGUCAAUACAUUACAGCUGUGUUUUUCUGGGUAAGUCUGUAAAUGCUUUGCAAACCUGAUUGUACAAUAUUUGCCCAUUAUUCAUUUUAAAAUUGUCAAGCUUAAUGUUGUGUUGGUAAGUGUAUAUUUGGCCUUGCGUUUUAGGUUAUUGUCCUGCUGGAAGGUGGAUUUGUCUUCCAGUGUCUGUUGGAAAGCAGACUGAACCAGGUUAUCCUAUAGGAUUUUGCCUGUGCUCUGUUCCUUUU